AUGGCUGACAGGAACGACACCAGGGUGACUGAAUUCAUUCUUUUGGGCUUUUCAGUUGACAGAGAGAUUGAAAUUGUUCUCUUCCUGCUCAUCUUAGUGGUGUACACUUUAACUUUGGUAGGGAACUUUGGAAUGAUUUCAUUAAUCCGAUUGGAUUCCCGACUUCACACACCCAUGUACUUUUUCCUCAGUAAUCUGGCUUUUGUGGACCUCUGCUACUCUUCCUCAAUAGCCCCCAAAUUCCUGGAGACACUCCUGACCAAACACAGGUCUAUAUCUUUCUAUGCCUGUGCAACGCAACUCGGCUUUUUCCUCAACUUCUUGAUAUCGGAGAUGUUCCUCCUUGCUGUAAUGGCUUAUGACCGCUACGUAGCCAUCUGCAAUCCUCUUCUCUACAUGGUGAUCAUGUCCCAAAAAGUAUGCACACGACUAGUAUUGGGUCCCUACUUCUAUAGCUUUUCUGUUGCAUUUCUCCACACAGUAGUUACGUUUCAGCUGGUCUACUGUGGUCCUAAUGUCAUCAAUCAUUUCUACUGUGACGAUGUCCCUUUGAUGGCCCUUGCCUGCUCGGACACCAGCCUCAAAGAGAUUCUGAUUUUCAUCUUUGCUGGAUUCAACAUGAUCAGCUCUUUGACCACUGUUCUGAUUUCUUACUUAUACAUUGUGGCUGCCAUUCUGAGAAUCCAGUCCACAGAGGGCCGGUGCAAAGCUUUCUCGACGUGUGCUUCUCAUCUCACGGCAGUGACUAUCUUCUACGGGACCCUCAUCUUCAUGUAUCUGCAGCCCAAAUCAAACCACUCCCUGGACACGGAUAAAAUGGCCUCUGUGUUCUACACAAUGGUCAUUCCAAUGCUGAACCCCAUGAUUUACAGCUUGAGGAACCAAGAGGUGAAGAAUGCCCUGAGGAAAGCCCUUGAAAAAUGCUACAUCCUGUCUCUAACAAAUGCUAAAAAAUAA